CAGACUGAGCGCUAGCUCAAUAGCUUAGUCAUGAGCAGCCCGUGUGUUUGGGGACAAAGACAGCCGCUCGACUGCAGGGUGUAAGGGCAGAGUCCGAGCCCGUGAUUAACUAAUAGUGGAUUAACACUGCCUGUGUCUGUUUUUUGGCUUCUGCUUAACACUGUCAACGCGGCUUUGUGAAAGAGCAGGCGCUAGCUUAGCUCGCUAGCUGUGUGUUUGUGUGCGGGUUUAAAGGUCCGGUUCGGGUUUGGUACGGAGCUGUCGCUAAACUGGCGAGGUGACCAAUGAUGAAUCGGUUCCGAAAGUGGCUUUAUAAGCCAAAGAGGUCAGAUCCACAGCUGCUGGCCCAGUUCUACUAUGCAGAUGAAGAGUUGAACCAAGUGGCCACUGAGCUGGACAGUCUGGACGGCAGGAAGGACCCUCAGAGAUGUACACUACUAGUCAACCAGUUCCGGUCCUGCCAGGACAAUGUGUUAAACAUCAUAAAUCAGAUCAUGGAUGAAUGCAUACCCGAAGACCGAGCCAACAGAGACUUCUGUGUGAAGUUCCCAGAAGAGAUCCGCCAUGACAACCUUGCCGGGCAGCUGUGGUUUGGGGCAGAGUGCCUGGCAGCAGGAUCGAUCAUUAUGAAUCGUGAAAUCGAGAGCAUGGCCAUGAGACCGCUAGCUAAAGACCUCACCCGUAGCCUGGAGGAAGUACGCAACAUCACAAGAGACCAAGCACUACGAGAUCUCAACAACUACACGGACCGAAUGAAGGAGGCGCUGCGUCAGUUUGACAGCCUCUUCGCUGAGUUUGAGCUCAGCUACGUGUCAGCCAUGGUGCCUGUGAAGUCUCCUAAAGAGUAUUACAUCCAGCAGGAGGUGAUUGUGCUCUUCUGUGAGACAGUUGAGAGGGCCCUUAAGCUUGAGUAUCUUACACAAGACAUGAUUGACGACUAUGAACCAGCUCUCAUGUUUACAAUCCCUAGACUUGCCAUUGUUUGUGGCCUUGUUAUUUACUCUGAAGGGCCUCUUAACCUUGACCGCAAACCAGAGGACAUGUCUGAACUCUUCCGUCCUUUCCGUACUUUGCUGAGAAAAAUAAGGGACCUGCUGCAGACUUUGACAGAAGAAGAGCUCAUAACGCUGGAGCGCAGCCUCUGCAUUUCCCAGGAUGGAGAAUUCCCUGCAGGUUCAAGUAUGCCAUCGACCAACGACCCAGCUGCUUCCACUGGUCCUGAGACCCAUUUAGAGACACUGGAACAGGACGACGGAGUUGAGGAGGUGGUGGAUCUCACACUUUGUGUAGCCCAGGAAGAAGAUUCUGUAUGGAAAGAGGAUGAGGAGAUAAAGGUGCAGCCUGAAACCUCCAGUGGGAGUGAAGAGGAGGAAACCACGGAUGCAGACUUGGCAUGCUCCAUGCAGUAUGAUGAAGAAGAGAUAGAGCAACUUAACAUGAUGGUACAUCAAGUGGGGGAUGAAAUGUCUACACUGCUUUCCCCUCCAAGUCAGAAUCAGUCUCCAGCCCAUCGGCCUCGACCCUAUAGAGGAAGCAGUCUCGAAGGUUCCAGUGCCGCCUCCAGCACUCAGGCAUCCCCACGGAGAGUCCCGGGAUCUUACCACGAUGAUGAUAGAGUGUUCUUUAUGGAUGAUCUGGAGUCUGGUGUGACUAGUGAGCUCUGCCGUGGGCAGCUUCCGCUUCCUACCGUAUGCCUCAGAUCCCCUGAACACAGUAGACCCGCCCCACUGACUGACUCCUCGUGUAACGGUUGGUUGACGGUCUGUCAGUCAAGCAACGACACCAAUCUGGGUUGUCAGCACCAGUCAGCCGAGUCCAUAGGCAACUCUGAAAGGUCACCCAUGAUGAACGGCUGGGAAGGAUUGCAGGACGAAGAAAGCGUACAGACUGCGGAAGAAAUUGCCAAUCGGACCGGUGGAAUGAAGUUGUCGGCCACGGUUAUUUUUAACCCUCAUUCCCCAAGCUUGACCGACUUGGCCGUCGUCGUACCUCACUCAGCCGACGUUCCGGAUGCUGGUGAGGGCGGGGCUUUAGUUGCCACUCAGUGCCUGCUUAACUCCUGUGUGUGCUGCACUGGCGGAUGUGUCGACAACCAUGAGGAUGCCAUGGAGCCUGCUGGACAGGGCGUGGCGCUGGGGUUUGAGAAGCACAAGCUCACCAUUACAAGCUCUGUUAUCCAGUCAGCAGUAGCUGCUGGCAGCCCAGGGAAGGGAAAUGGACAUUUACCACUCACCCUGCCCCCUUCUCAGGGCCACCUUACCCCUUCUGUACCACACUGUUCUGUGCAGAACCAAAUGAGAGAAGAGGAGGGCAGUCAGGACUGUUCCCACUAUCCCUGCUGUGAGAAAUGCGCCCCAGGGGUUAUUCUGACUCAGGAUAGAGGCCCGGGACAAGGGGAGGGAGGACCAAGUUGCACCCAUCAAGAGACAGGAUGCCGGACGCAUCCUAAAACUACGGUUAAAGGGAAAUCAGAAGGUUUUGGAAAACAACCCAAGGAGGAUAACAGAAAGCUCUCUAGCAGCAGUUUUCAGGAGUCCCCUCUCAGUUCUGUCCCCAGCAGUGACAUUGAUGGUGUUUCUGUCACUACAUGCAGUUUGUCGAGUUCAUACACACCCAGCCCUGUUAGUAGUCUGACAACUAGCUCGGACAUGUCUGAGGAUCUGGAUCAUCAGGAGAUUCAAGUGGCUUUGCAAGCUGCCAAACUCGCUGCUCACAACAAAAUUCGCUCACGUUUCCAUAGCAGUAGUGACCUCAUCCAUCGCCUUUUCGUCUGUAUAUCAGGUGUGGCUGAUCAGUUGCAAACAAACUAUGCGAGUGACCUGCGAAGCAUCUUAAAGACUCUGUUUGAGGUCAUGGCUACAAAAUCUGACCAAGGAGACAAUGAGAAGCCCAAGAAAGGUCCAUGUCUGGGCAGUGCUGUACUGGAAGACUGUGCUCUCUGUCAAGAGACCAUCUCUUCAUCAGAGCUCGCUGCCAAAGCCCGAGAGGGUCAGUUUGAAGACCCUCCUGAAUGGGUUCCAGAUGAGGCCUGCAAUUCCUGCAUUGCAUGUAAAGCGCCAUUUACAGUCAUAAGAAGGAAACAUCACUGCAGGAGCUGUGGAAAGAUCUUCUGUUCCCGCUGCUCAUCGCACUCAGCCCCGUUGCCUAGAUACGGUCAGAUGAAACCGGUGAGAGUUUGCACUCACUGCUACAUGUUCCACGUAACGCCUUUCUACAGCGACAGGACUGGUAUCUGACCACAGCGCUCGCUCUCACACACACACAGACGUAAGCACACUACCAUGAGUUUUACUGAGGUUUGAGACUUCAGCAAGAAUACACACGCACAUCGUUUUCAUCAUCCUCAAAAGAAAAUGUAAUUAUGAACACUAAAUGCAAUCACUUCAACGCGAAAGAAACAGCCUUGACCAGGGAAACAAAGCGAGAAGGACUGAAAUGAAUGGAUCUGGGAGCGCCUCAAGCACAUAAAGGAAGUACCCCAUCGCUAUGGGAGCCAAAGUAUUUAUUUAGGGCUUUGCUUUUGAAUAAUGAGCUUAUUACAGAUUUGCUUUAACCGAGCAUGGAACAAGCGGGCUGUUCUGUAAAACAGAAGUGCAGCCAAAAAUAUAUAGGAUUUCAUCUGGCUUUAUUAGCGCCGGAGGAUCUACGGGCUCAGAUUUCCAGAGUGAAUGUAAACUGUGAGCACAUUAUUAAUAGGAGAAUAACAAAACUGUGACAUAUAUGAAGACAAUAAUACUAACACUAACUGCACCAUCAGUGACACCUUUAUGGCACUAUAUAGCACAGAUGUUUUGUUUUUGUUUUUUUUUCAAAUGUUUUAUUUAGAAAAUAAUGCUGCUUUCUGUAAAACAGAGAAGUGAUAUUUGGGAUUUAGACGAAUGGCCAAAAAAAAGAUGUGUAUAUAUAUGCUGAAAGUUUGAUUUAUUGUAUCUUCCAAAAGAGAAGAUUCUCUCAUAUUCCUCAUGCAAAUGAAUGUGCAACAUUUGGAUGUUCUUUUCUUUCUCUAACUUAUACUGUAAAGUAAUUGCCUUUUACAGCAGUUUGGGAGGCUUCUGCUUUUCCCUCUGGUACAAAAAACACUUUAAAGUCCCUACCUCAUCCCUGUUUACCCCUCUCACACGGUUCUGUCCCGUUACAGUAUGCCUACACUACCGUCUCAGUCAGUCCUCACUGUCUGCUACACUAAAAGGCAGAUGCCUUUCUUUGUCUUUGCACACUUUUUUUUAAAUAUAGUGACCAACCACUACUUUGUCUGUAAUUGUAGAAAGUUAAUUGAUAUUUGUAAAUGUAUAAUGGCAAAUCUCAUGAAACCUGUCUAGAAUAUGACAUCUGGGUCAUAUUUUACCACUUAAUAAAAAAUCGAAAAGUUUCAUAAAGAAAAUUAAGCCAAUGUUUAGAGCCAAUAACAUUAGAUUAAUUAAGCAUGCAAUCCCCAUUCUCAUUAUUGUAAUGUGAAACAUACACUACCAGUCAAAAUUUUUUGAACAGUAAGAUUUUUAAUGUUUUUUUUUAAAGAGGUACAGCGGAAACAGUAAAUUUUUAAAAUAUUUUUACUAUUUAAAAUAACGUUUUUAUUUUAAUAUUUUUUUUAAAUAUAAUUUAUUCCUGUGAUUUCAAAGCUGAAUUUUCAGCAUCAUUACUCCAGUCACAUGAUCCUUCAGAAAUCAUUCUAAUAUUCUGAUUUGCUGCUAAAAAAAUAUUCAAAUAGAAAGCAGUUAUUUUAAAUAGUAAAAAUAUUUCAAAAUUGUAUUGUUUUUGCUGUACUCUGGAUCAAAUAAUUGCAGGCUUGGUGAGCAGAAGAGACUUCUUAAAAAAACAACAACAACAACAAAAAAACAUUAAAAAUCUUACUGUUCAAAAACUUUUGACUGGUAGUGUAAAUACUCAUAAAAUUAUUUUAAAUUGUGAAUUAUUUUACACAGUAUUUUUUUACAUCACCGUAUACUUAAAUUAUGCUAUUUUAAUUUUUUUUAAAAAAUCAGCUUCAUUUUCUUUAUGCAAAAUGCACUUCUUUUGAUUUCCUAUUGAAUUUAGGGUCAAAUAUGACCUGGAAAUCUGACCUCUUUUGACAUUUACCAAUGAAAGAUGAUGUUCUGUUGGUUUCAGAUCUCAAUAUUAUCAGAAAAUGCUUUAGCUUUGAUCACUGCUUUUGAAACCUCAAUCUCUGGUUCAAGGUUAACUGCAAAUCAUCGGCUUAUGUGACCUUGUCAUCUUCCUGAAAUCAAAAAAGUCAGAAAUGUUCAUAUGCGUUUGUUUCAAAUGCGAAAACACAAAAUUGAACCCGAACCGAUCCAAUAUUUUUAUUGUUUUUUAUUAUUAUUUUUUUUAAUGUUGGAUGAAAGUUUUGGAUGCAGUGCUUAAAUGUGAUUGACACAAUGUGAUUUAUUUAUUUUUUUUUUUUUAUAAACGCAAAAAUGUUGGACAAAUUUCAGACUCUGUGUGCAAGGACCUAAACAGGCAAGAUUUGUAAUUGCUGUCAAUUCAAAUCAAGAAUCAUAUAAAUGCACUUGGUUUUGCAGUCAAGAUCUGAAAUCGAUCCUAAUGAUAUUGUGCUGCAAAACUGUUUUCACCAAAACACUUCAUCUGAUAUGACAAACACUACUGGCGAGCAUGGAAUGCACUUUGUAUGGCAUUUGAAAUGAGCUCCAGCUGACAAGCAAAUGCACAUUUGCUGAUUUAUCAUGUGUAAUGAUCUCAAGUCGUUUUACAGUAACAUUAAACUUGGACCUUGCACCAGAUUUCAGAUGUUAACUACAGACAAAAUUGUUUCUGAGAUCUUACAUAAGUGUUAUUAAACAAUCUCAGCAGAUGCUUUAUUAGAUGCUCUUUAUCAACACUAAAAAAUCUGAUUGACACUACUAUGGAUUACAUGAUUUGAGUUUUGCCUUAUUUGUCAAACACAUUCCUUCUUGCCAAAGUCAAUAUUGUAAAUCCUUGGCGCCACAUACAACAGGUUUCUAGUAAGGUAAAGGUCUAAUAUGUUUGCAUGCAUAUUGUGAAGUAAUUUGAGUAUGAGCGGUUCUAGCAAUAUUUAUCAUAUACGUCACACUUGAGGCAGAUUCUGUUGGUGGUUGGUUAAUACUUUACCUCUUUCUGUCUCAUGACCUUUGACCAAGUGUUAAGUCAAAUCAUUCCUGUCAAACCUGUCCUCUCUCAUCAUACUGCUGCAUUUACAAGACAAUGUCUACAGCUUUAAAACACUGCAAUUCUGCAAAUUAUAAAUAUUCAGAGGUUUAUGUUGAUGAAUGGCAUUUGGAAUGGCAGGGUACAGCUAUGUUUUGUUCAAACAUGUCUCUUUGGCCUACUUUGCAGUUGUUGUUAUUAAGGUCAUCUCCAGAUUUACCACUUUUACCACAAUAAGUUAUGAUAAGAUUGAAAAGUACCUCUUGAUUGCUUUGCCUUUGCUCACUUGUAGUCAGCUGACCUGAUUCUAGUACCGUCAGUAUUGGGAUAGACGGCUACGGCUGACGCUGACACACUACACCACUUAAAAUACUGCUUAUAUAGCUUUUACUUCUGGGAUGGAUAUGAUAUAGUGACUUAUACCGAUUUUCAUCUUUAUUUAGCGGUACGAUCAAGUAGAUGUUUGCCGAAUGAAUCAAUUCUGUCUUUCUCGUGGCUUCCUGUUUUGCUAUCAUGACUGUUCCUCAGGAAUGUCUUGAUUGUACAUUGGCGCGAUACCGGGGGGGUUCAUUUUUACCGCUGCUCUUGGAAUGUAUUUUGGUUUGAAGUGAGAAGGACUGGGAAUCAGCCAAAUGUCGAACACUUCCUCGAACGGCAGGUUCAGCAUCUGCAGACUCAACUUCCAGCCUGUCACGCGAUAAGCUCAGUUUCUGAUUUGUGCCCUCUUCCGAUUCUCAUUCUUUUUUUUUUUUUUUGCCUUUUUUUUGUAUUAAUUGAAAAUAAGAUAUGAGUCUUUAAAAUUCUACAGAUGUUUUAUUUUACAGAGAACAAAAAUAAUGAAAUUAUAUAUGUACAAAAUUACUUUUUUCUGUAUAAAGAGAA